AUGUCCACCCGCGACCGCCAUCCCGACUCCCACCCCCACUCCCACUCCCACCGAGACCGCACACGCUCUCGCUCCCCCAACACCACCACCUCCAGAUCCGACAGACACCGAAGCAAACAUCACCACCAUCGCUAUCACCGCCACGACCGCAGUCGAGAUCAUGAUCGCCACCGUCGCGACCGCCACACCUCGCGCCAACAACCAGAACCCUCAUCAGCACCACCACCAGCCCCCGUGAUCCUCCCGUUUCAAGCGCGCGAACUCAGGAAACGUGAUCUCGAGUAUUAUGCCCCCAUGUUCGAUAUGUAUUUGGAUAUUCAGAAGGGGAUUGUUUUGGAUGAGUUGGCGGAGGAUGAAGUGAAGGGGAGGUGGAAGAGUUUCAUGAGGAAGUGGAAUCAGGGAGAACUAGCAGAGGGGUGGUAUGAUCCCGCUACGUUGGAAAAGGCGAGGAAUAGUGUGGCGCAGAUGCAGACAAGUACUCGCCGGGACGAAUCUCAAGGGGAUAGGAAUGCGGAUGUGAAUGAGGGGGGUCCUGAGGAAGAAGGAGAGGAUGAGGAAGAUGAAUACGGACCUGUUCUUCCUACUGGUCGAGGCGGAGGGAUGUCUUCGGGACCUACGAUACCUACUAUGCAGGAUUUGGAGCUGCGGAAGGAACUAGCAGCUGAAGACGCUAUCGCGGAACGCCAUGACUCGCGCGCCCAAUAUCGCAGCGAACUGCGCUCCCAUAAGUCCGAGGUUCGACAUAUGCAGGAGGAGGUGGCGCCGCGCGCGGAACCGGGCACUCAUGAACGGCGCAUGGAGAAGCGGCAGGAGGCGGCGGCGAGCAAUCGGGCUUUUGCAGAGGCGAAGCGCGGAGGGUCGCCGGAGGGAGCGCCGGAGGAGGAGUUGAUGGGGUCAGGGGAGAAUGAUUUAGAGGGGUUCAAGAAGGCCAGGGAACGGGAGCAGCGGAAGAAGAAUGAGCGCGAGAUUCGGAGGGAGGAGCUGCUUCGGGCGCGGGCGGCGGAGCGCGAGGAGAGAUUGCAGCAGUAUAGACAGAAGGAGGAGGAGACGAUUGGGUGGUUGAAGACGUUGGCGAAGCAGAGGUUUGGAUAG